AUGGAACGCAGAAUCUCGCCUGACGAUUUAAUUCUUCCAAGACCAACCUGUGAAGUCGCACAGAAAGGAAUCGUAAAUGGCUUAAUUUUCUCACAACAUCGGCAGUCAGUAGCCAUGGAGGACCUAGAUGAAGCAUUUUAUGAAUCAGUAAGUCAUAGCUUUGAUCCAUAAAGAACGUUGGUCUCUUAUUAAAUCAAAUCAAAGAAGCUUUUUGCUCGAUAUGAGCAGGGGAAGCCUUUGUAAAAAAAUCACUAUGUUUUGUAAUAUCUCAACGCAUGAGGUAAUUUUCUGCUUGCUUGCUUGAACCUUCGAACAUUUUUUAUCAAUGUUACCAACGAUGCGAUCAACAUGAUUCUCCCGGUUUUUCUUCCUUUUGUUUUGUUUUGUUUUGUUCUCUAUUCUAAGACUCAAGCUUUAAACAGAACACUUGAUCAAGUUAAAGCGUGAAUCGAAUCUUGUUGGGUACUUUUUUUUUCAGUUUUACUCAUGAAAGGCAGCACUCAAAAAAUCAUUACUGGUAGAAUCAUUAAAAAAACACACACAAAAAAACCAUUUCUUGUGGUUAAAAUAUGGGUCGCAAUUUUCGAGUUGGAUUAUUAACUUCAUUUAUAUUUCAUGCUGCGCUAGCAAUUUCAGUUCAUUCUCAUUAUCUUUUGGAGGGAGAAUAAAAUUAGAAAUGUUACACGUGGAGAUAUGUAACGACUUUUUAGCCGUUAUCUUUUAAAAAUGAGAAACAUAUAGUAAAGCUAAGUAAUACAUUGGUCAGACAUAAAACAGACGUACAAACGGUCAGAUAAAGUCAUAUCCUGACCCACACUAAUGAAGUAAAGUUUUGUUUGGACAAAGGAACACUCUUAGAGAACAAUUGAAGAUAAUAUAAAAGAUAUAUAAAUAUAUGUACAUAAUUUAUGUUUUCUUGGCUGUGCUCAUCUUUUAAGUUUCUCUUGACCCUUUAGAGAAGGUACCAAAUUGAGUUUUAUAUAAAAAAAUAAAAAAAAAAAAAAAAAAACAAACAAUUCAACUUACAAACGGCGGUGAAAUCGAGUGGAAAGACAUAAACAAGACAUGACUGGGACAUAACUGAAAAAUUAAUUUGUCUUUGCUAACAAUACCUUCCAAUCUCAAGAAAUUUACCUUCCCUUGUUUUGUAAACAGUGUAGUAAAUUAAUUAAAAACUGAAGGUCCUGUCUAAGAGCUCAUCUGCAUACAGGUGUCUACUAAUAUGGCGAUAAUUCGAGUCAAGUUCAGGAAGGAAAGAUUGCAAGCGCAUUUUUCCUUGUAGGACCUCAUGACAAACAAGAACAUUUGAAAAAAUAUUUGUGAAACUUUCUAGCCUAAUUAAUAAAUCAAACACUGAGAAGAUUUCACUCCAGACGAGAGAAGAAAAACGUGUUUUAUUUCAUUUGAAAUAAUAUAAAUAAUAAAACAAAUAAUAAUGACACAAAUAAUAACAUUCCCAUUCCUUUCCUGUCAUUUUCCCUUCGUAAAUACCUCCAGUAUGGAGUUGAUAGUUUUAAUAAAUGUAUCACUCCCGAACGCGGUUGAUUUAAAGGUUUCACAAGAAAUGAGAGAACAAGGAAUCGAGAGAUCUAAGGCCAUGGACUUAGUUCGAAUAAAGAGACUGAUAGAUGCCUGUGACUCAAAAGAAGAUACGGCACUUUAUUUGCUUGAGGAAUGGAAUUACGAACCACAGGUGAGGUUUUGUACUUUGAUUUUUGUUUGCUCCUCUUAACGUACUCCGAGCCAUGUACUAUGUACGAUUUUGAAAUUUUUGCCUGUGGAUAGCAAUCGAACAUUGCAAUCGAAAUGAUUUUAUUCCCUGUACCUAUGGGUACAAAUUUAGGGAUAUCGUUUAUAAUUUAUUGACAUCGGAAAUGAUCUACAGAUUUUUGUUGUUGUUGUUGAUGUCGGUGCUUACUGUGAUAUUAAAAUUAAUUUAUGUCUUAUGCAAGGCGAUUUGAAAAAGUCUAUCCCGUAAAAGACCAUUCAAAUAAUUGUCCGGGAUGUAAUUAAAACAUUUUUUCAAGGUUUCAAGAUUCUUACGGCUACUCAGUGACCUUGGCGUAGACUUUGAAAGUGUGAAAGACUCCCUCCAAAAUACUCCUUUACACAUGGCAGCUAAGAAGAACUAUACCUUGGUAGGCGACUAUCUAAUGGACAGAUUCCCCAGUAUGCUCCUGACUGCUAACGCUCAAAAUGAACUUCCGAUCGAAAUAGCCAUAAGAAACUAUCAGGAUGACAUGGCAGCAUUCUUAAUUCGGAGAAUGGAUCAUAGAAGGUAGGUAGUGGUCGCUUGGUUGGCGUUGCAGAUAUUUUAUUACAGAAGUAGAUAGCUUGGAUUCCCGGCAGUAGUUGCAUCAUGCAAAGAAGAGAAAGGCGAAAAAGUCAGUAUUGUAGCCAAGUGGCCCAAAUAACGAGAGAUUAUCCCCAACUGUAAUGCGUGAAGUGACUAAGGGCACUGCUUAUCCCUCCUUGGAUAGCAUGUUAUCCUUAGCAGUUCCUCAAAGCUCGCCGGUACCCUUUUAAACUCGUGGGUAUAGCUUGGUUCAAGCAUUUUGUACAAAGACGACACCGCUCAGAGAGAUUGAAACGACAAAAAAUCAAUUUUCAUUCAUUUCCUAGCUUUACCUAUUAUUUCUUAUCAUGUUCUGCCCAAGAAAUGGGUAGGUAAUGUGCAUUUCGACAUUUGUGCCUUUCUCUCGCAGGGUUAAGGACUUGUUCAGUGGCAUAAAACAACAGGGAAAAGAUAUAGUGAGCUUUUUGAAAAUGACAAAAGAGUUUAAGAUGCAGGUUUGUAAAUGGAGAAUUGCUUCCCUACCAGCUUUUACUUUGAAAUAUGUGGGACGUUCGUAGCGUAGAUUUGUUUAAGUGCCACGAUGAAAACUACUGUAUUUAAUUUACCGGUAAUUGUGUCGCCCCUAAUUUGUCACUUGUUUAAUUGUUCAGUGCCUUUUCACGGGGUGGUUUGGGGCAUGAAUUUUGACACACAUAUCUACAUACUUUUUUAAUGGCAUUUAAAGAAAACGAUCGUGGCCGUGUUGGAUAGUCUCAUUUCUCCUCGUUGGCCACAUCCACCGAGUCUGCCGUCCGAUAUUCUACCGUGUUUAUCCUGGGAACAACUACCAGAGACACCCACUCAUUAUUACGUGGCUUACGACAUUUUGGAAAGUGAUGACAAUGGAAAAUUCCCAGAUGACCCUAGUUAUGAGCAUCCACAUCAGUCUUGUCUGUAUAACUUAGCCAGCCAUUGGCACAAGAACCUUGACGAGAUAGCAGAGGUAGGGAGCUUAAAAAACUCUACCAUGAUUAAUCUUUUGGACGUCAAAACUGACCUAUAGCUUUAUACAUAUAAUAAUAGAGUGUGUGAGGGCUGGACAUGUAUAGCGGCGGAAAUACACAACGAGUUUAAGAACAACGGAGAACGUCACUAGUCUCUGGCACAACAAACAAUGUGGACCCUUCAUCUUGAAUUACUGCCUUAUAGCAAGAUGUAAUAACCUACAAAACAUAAUGAAGAUUACAUUGCGAAGCGAAACUCGAAACAGAAAUUAUCUAGCAACUUAUCAUAAGAUAAAAAGACGACAGAAGCAAAAAAUUCUUAAUUUUAGCGUACCAUACACGAGCGCUCUAACGCGCGCGAUUGAGAAGUGAACAAGUUAAUGAAGCAUUAUGGUCUUACGUAAUCUUUAUCGAAAAAUCCUGAACCGCGGAAUGAACUUCACCUUAACGACUUGUUGAGGAAUAGCCUCAACAGAAUGGGAAGGGGAGGAAGGGAAGUGAUGUGUUUAUUUUGACUUUGGCCAAAUUAGCGUAUGCACUGCUUUAAUUUACCUUCUUAUGAAUAUUUUUUCAAUAUGUUAAAAUUGUGUAGUUCUAUCGAGUCGCAAAUUGGAAUAUUCUCAAGCAACUUGAGCCAGUGAGCCACAUACAAAUAUGUGCCCUUUUUGUAAGGAUAGGAAAUCUGCUAUUCAAAGGCUGUUUGCCUUUCUCGCCAAAGUUAAUGAUAAUUGACUGCUAAGGAAACGAGAUUUAAAGGAAUCCAAUAAGUGACAAUGAGAGAGAUAGCACAUGAUCUGCGAUAAAUUCUAUACAGGGAAUCAUCAAUCAUGUUGUCAUACAGCUGUUGACUGAGAGAAAGUGGCGGAAAUACGCCUCAUUUUGGUGCAGGUUAGCAUAAAACACCUGUCUUUUAUUUUUAAUUCUAAAAUUAAAGUUAAUGUCAUGACCGUCUACUUAUUUUCAAACCUUCCGCGGCGAAAUGUAAUUUAAAAAUUAUCACCCACGCACUAAACGGGAUUAACGAACGCUCACAGUAACAAGACAGAACGUACCUUACAGUACUUUUUAUCCUGGAAGCAGUUAUCGUUCGGCUAAUGUGAUAAUUCAGUUUUGGGUAGGACUAUUGUUGAUGGUCGAUUGCAUUAUAAAACACCCGCAUGAUCCAUAAAACUCCAACGCCAGGCUUAUGCUCGAAAUUUCAGUCUUUUUACAUAUACUUUGAUAUUACCCCAACUGCCCUAAUGUUAGUGAUGAAGAUUUCGAUUACCCAUCAACAAAGAAAAACAGUGUCCUAGAAGCUAACUUCUUCAAUCAUCAUCAUCAACCAACCGAACUUUUGUACCAUCCUGAACUUUUAUAUAAAACUUGCAUAUUUUCAGGGUUCGUUCCUACCAUUACAUGUUCUUUGUUUGUGCACUUGGAGCCUCACUUGUGUAUUCGGUAAGCCUAGACGAGCCUCUUGAUUAUGGCUCCUCGUCCUUCAGAGCAGUUUUUGACGUCUUGAUACUGUUCACCACAUUCUUCUUUAUGCUGGAGGAAAUAAUUGAGCUCAAAAGGUGACGUUGAUUUUACCUGAAAUGCAGGUCUGCAACUAGUUUGUCUGCUUAUGUAUGAAGCUCUGCUUACGCAUCAAAGUUAAAGCAUUAACCUUAGUUUGCUCUUUUCCUUUUCUUUUUUUCAGAGAACCAUCCAUUUUUGUUAAAGAUCCAUGGAACUAUUUGAACGUCAGUGGAUACGUUCUUAUAUUCUUAACUUUUGUGUACAGACUCCAGAAGAGAAAUUACCAAUGGACUUUUGCUUGCUUUGCGUUCUCAAUCAACAGCCUGGGUAUUUUUAAACAUACUAGCAGAGAUCGGUAAGUAAAUGUAACAUGGCGGAGGUCAUGCUAAGCCCUCGAGUCUUGGGUUGGACAUGACGCGUAAUCCAGCCCCUCAUAUCUAACGUGCGUCGUAUGAAUUGUCAUAUUGUUAACUGUUAUCGUUAACUGUUAUCAUAUUGUUAACUGUUAUCCUCUCUUUUUAGAUAUAUAGGUGAAUACGUCAAAUGCCUUUACAAAGUUAUCUACAGAGACAUGCCUAGAUUUCUGUAUGUGUUUGGUAUCAUCCUCUUCACUUUCACUGUGUCGUAUUACUUGGCGCUUCAAGCUCAUAAAGACUUAACCUUAUUGAAUGGUGAACUGGUAAACAAUAGGUACGUCUUCAAUUAAACAGGAGUCUUCCAUGGACAAAAAAAGUUCAAGCUAAUUAUGACAUUUUAAAGCCGGUUGUUUAGGAAGUUCUUAUCGUAGGCCCCGGCUGUGGACAAUCUAUGUUAUUAUACAUUAGAUUUAAUUUGAAAACUGAUUGUUCGAGAGCACACAGUCAGUAAACAAUUAUUGGAUGAAGUUUAGUGAUAUCCAGAAAAGUCAAGGUCGAGGUAAGGGUUAUCAGCCGAAGCCUUUGGCUUCGGCUGAUAACCAUACCAAGACCUUGAUGAUUCUGGUUAUUGCAAAAACCGAAUCUAAUAAUUUUUUCAUCGUACACUAAACCAAAAAAAAAAGGUCAUGACGGUAGGAGGAACUGAUAAUUUAUUUUUAAACGGGUAAAAAUAUACAAAUCAGCAAACAACACAAAGCGUACGAACUUAACAUGAUUAUCCUUGGAAUUCAUGCACCGCUGUUAUACAUGACAUGAUUAUCCUUGAGUGUCCUCGACAUCAUUAUCGUAUAAUCUGCAGCUAAAUGAUGUCCCAGGCGCUAAUUUCGAAAACUCACAGUACGCUUUCGGCUCAUCAGAAAAGAGAUAGUAAGUCGACAGUAUAAUAGUAUACAAUAGCGUGUGAGGUUGACAUGAUAACCCAAUGUCUGCGGCCCGGAUAUUGGAUUAUCAUGUAGAGUUAAAAGUCCCUUGUUUCCAAGCCCAUAGUUCGUUUAGUAUUCUCUUCUCAAACUUUUGCAAACUCGAUCAGAGAGAAGUGUCUUCUUUUGCAGAUUAUUUAAAAAAUGUAACAUAGAACACUUACUGAAUUCAGUUUUUGCAUAAUAUCAUGACUUAUCAAACCUUGUGUCUGUUUUAUCUGCCGAAGCCUUCCUUAGAUCUUGGCAUUGAUAUUUUAUGAUAUCAUAGUGACCUCACCCAAAAACUGUGGCCGCAAGCGUUGUUUGAAGUAAAUGCUGUUUGUUUACAGUUUGCGUUUCCUCUUUCUAUCCUUGCUCCCUUUGUCUUUUCAAAAGGUUGCAUUUUUAUGUUUUUUAGAACUAUUAGGGGUGACAUAUCGUGUACUGGUGAAAUAUGGUGCGUGAUGUUAGCAGGACUGUUUGCUUGGCUUGAAGGGACUUUCGUCGUCAACACUUUUGAAGAUGUUGGGUAAGCUAAAUACCUGGAUCAAGUGCAAUUUCUAAGAUAUCACAGAGGGAUUUGAAGAGAGAAUUUCUAGAACUCUAAAUCUCUCUCUUUGGUGGCUAAACGCAACUGUCUUUUAAUCAAUACAUCUGCGUUUCAUUCUGCUAUACUCUGAGUCGACAUCACCACUUCGAGUCAAAAGAAGCGUCUAGGUCAUCUCAUGAUCAAAAAUGAGAUACAUAAGGGAAAGGAAAGACGGUAUCAUUUUGAAAUACUUAUUUUCUUACUGCUGAUUUAAGGUAACCUUUUUCAAAAUGAGGCUUGGAAAGUUCUCUGGAAAACAGGUUAUAGUGUUUUUCAAUUUUGGCACAGAUAACUAUUUUAAAUUAUGGUAAAAAGUUCAUUGAUCGGGACUCUAAUUUUUUUCAACCGUUUCUGGAAUCACUGACCCUAACGCAAAUGUUGUAUUCUUCUUUGUCAGUAUUUUUGGAGGAUUUCUGAUCCUUGCUUUCAUGUUGAGUGUGACUAUCAUCUUGCUCAAUAUUCUGAUUGCUCAGCUGUCACUGACUUAUGAGACUGUUCAAGAGGAGUCACAGCAUUCGUUUACGGCGAUGAGAAUGCAGGCCGUGGCUAUUGUCGAAUGGGGAAGUAGGUUUAGAUUCUGGGUAAGUUAACAUAUUUUUUUUGGAAAGGAAAAGUCCUUUAAUAAAUAUAAAAAUGGAAAGACCUUAGCACUGUUUGAACGUUCGUUUUCGGGUAUAAGGAAUAUUACUUUAAAAGAAAAUAUAUUCUUUACUUCAUCAUUGACGUCAGAGUUUAGAAAUCAUUCGAUUUUUAUCUCUGCUGUUAGCAAUUCAAUACAGGUUACAAUACCUACCCAGGUUUGAAUUUUCAAAUAGUUACGUAUCCUCCUCUUUCGAAAACGUGGGACGCCGCCAUUUUUUUCCGAAAGGGCCAAGUUCAUCUCGUAGAGCGUUAUAGGACACAUCCCGCGAUAAAACCCCUAAUACAAAGAAUUGGUGGCCGAGCUAUAAAUUCUAAAGUUACGUCGGCUACAACUUCACUGACGGAAACCAAAAAAGCAAGAAGAACACAAAAUCUUAAUUACUGUAACAAAAAGGAGACAAAAAAAUAGCAAACAAACAAAGACGCGAAAAAAACAAGAGAAAAAUGCCAUUUAUAAUGUUGUGUCAAUACGGAUUUCGAUGAAAAUGAUAUUUUAUAUUUAGAAUGUCCGGAAGAAGUAUUAUGUGGCAGGUGAAAUUAGGCCGAGGGAGGAGAUUGAAGGUAAAAACUUUUCUGUUGGAAUUUGAUUUUUUUCUUUGGUCCAUUGUUUAAGACACUUUGAGAGCCUUACAUGUAGUUAUCUUUAAACUUCUUUCUCAUGAAUGUUUUUUUUUUUAAGUCUUCUCUCCUCUUUUUUGUUCACCAAAUUCAUAGCAAUGCUGCAAAAGUGUAGAGAGAGGUCAGAAUCGAACAAGUCAAUAACCGAUCAUCUCAAGGAGAUCCGGGAAAGAUUCACGGCAAUGGAGACAAAUCUUCAAUCGUUGAGGUAAAGAGCGAAAAACAGACUCCUCGGUAAUUGUCAUGAACGAGCUGAUUUUUUUUUUUUGGAAGUUAUUUUCCGGUCAAGGAAAUGAUAGCUGAAAGUAUUCGUUUGUUGUGUUAGUGGUAAAAGGAAUGUUUUCUAUCUGUUAUAUAGAUGUGAAUUAGAGUCUGUCAUUCAGAAAAGACAGGAUGAAGUAAACAAGCAGACGACUCAGGGAUUUGACAAAGCCGUGUAA